AGUUCUGUUAUGAAGUACACAGCAGGGAAAACUAUGAUAACUUCAACUAUAAGGGAACCAGCUAAACUUCGAUACCCAGAGUUCACCAUUUGUCUGCCUUUCAAAAACAAGUAUGGAAAGGAUAUACUGGCUAUUAUUCGGGAAACUGGGUCUGCUAAUCUCACUGAUCUCGAAAUGAAACGGAUGAUCUCUGAAAUGUCGUAUUCCCGCGGUGAGAUUCUAAAACAUUUCUCCCACGAAUGGAAGUAUGGCGGAUUUAACGACAGCGCAAGGAAUAAUCCCAACUUAUGGAAAACUACUGUACCGCAUCCCAGUGCAUCAGGUACCUGCUAUACCUACUCCCCUCCUGGAGAGAAUCCUCCUGGAAAAUGGACUUCAUACAAGAUAUAUCUCCAGAUUCCAGUGGAAAUUGAUGCAACAAAACCAGCAAGUGAAUCUGACGUUGAGACGGAGAAGAAAAAAAGAGAUUUUUUCUCCGAUGUUUCCAUCUUUCUACACUCAAGCAAUUCCUUCCUAUACUACAUGGAAGACGACAUGCCUGAUAUGAUAAGAAUAGAAAACUCUUUACUGAACUAUAAGGAGGAGACAUCUAUCGUGUUUAAACUGAACUAUGCAAAGUAUCUGAGUAGCGCAGAUAGACAGUGUUCAAACUCAGCUGAAUAUAAUUUCAAGGAUUGUGUCGACAGCUUGUACCUGGAGGAUAGAGACUGGCAGGAUCCCUGGUACUGGAAUAUAAACAUAGACAAAACCAAAUCUACAAACAAAACUCAAGUUUUGGAUUAUUAUUCACAGGAAUGGGGAGCUCACAACAUCAUACAAGACAGACAGUACAAAUCUAAGGAAAAUAUUAUUAAUUGUUUUUAA